AUGGCGACAAUUGCGGACGGCGGAGUAUCUAGUGGCAUUGGCAGCGCUCUCGUGGACUUCUCCGUGAACGGAUUGUUCCCCGAGGAGGAUGUCUCGUCGCUCAAGCUCAGCCCGGACCAGCUGCCUGCUGCCAUCGAAGCCGUCGAUGGGGCCAGGACCAAGCUCCAGGCCGAUAUUCAUACGAUCAACCAAGAAACCGCCGAGGACGUAAGCUCCUGGGUGAGCAAUGCGAAGUCCCUACAAGAUGACAUCAACCGAUCUAAGAGCUUGGCCAACGACAUUCUGCGGCAAUCCGAAGAACCUGUCGUAUCGGGAAAGUCGACAAAGGAGGCGGAAGACAAGGUUGCCUUCCUUAAGAAAGAGCUCCAUUAUAACCAACAAGUCCAAGAAGCAUUAAAGGGCAUUCGAAGGGUCAACCAAAUCCUUGAUCAGGUAGAGCAGGCACGGGAUGAGCGACGCAUCUUGGAUGCCUUGCGGCUCCUCGAGAAGUCUUGGACCGCCCUCGACGAGAUACCCGUGGGCAAGAGUUGCCGAGUCAUGAAGCUUCUGGACCUACGCGCCUUCGAACUCAAGUCAGACGUGCAUGAUGUGUUUGAUCAUGUAUGGAAGUCGCUUGUCGAAGUGGACGUGGACAAACAGCAGAUCUCCAUCAGUGAAACCCGAGAUGGCGAGGCUAUGAGCCUGUCAGAUGCCGUCAUUGGCUUAAAAGCGUACAAGGAGGUGGAUGAACGCAUGGUGCAGCUAUGGCAUGACAUUGAUCGAGCAGUCAUCGGCCCUCGAACAACUAUAGGAAGCGAAAAUCUUCCUGGCAUUCAAGUCAUUGACGGGAUUCUCCUGGUAACAGGCACCGUCGACAACAGCAUCAAAUCACUUUUUACAGACCUCCAGCAGAUAUUUGCCUUUUUUGCUGAUCACCUACCUACUGAUCUCGUCGAUUCAAUGUCAGCUGUUAUGAUGCCCGAGCUCAUGACAAGAAUCAUAAAUGUGUGGCUCGACUCCGCCGUGCCUCCAUCCCUCAAGGAGAUGGACGCAUUCGAGGAAGUCAUCGCUGCGGCGAAAGAAUUCUGCUCAAAGCUAGAAAACCUUCGUUUCUCGGGGUUCAACGAGCUGCAAGAGUGGGUAGAAAAUGCCCCAAGGGUGUGGCUUUCAAAAUGCAGAGAGACUGCACUUGACGCAGUACGUACAAGGCUCUCAGGCGGCCUCGGGGCACCAAAGCAAGUCGAGCGAGUUGAAAAACAGAUGGUUUCACGAUCAGAAGGAAAGGAGCUAGCAGCGACAGGCACGACUGCAGAUGACAACCAGGACUGGGCGGCAUGGGAUGACGAUGGAGAUCAGCAACCAACGGAGUCUGGCAUUCCCUCCUACCGCGACCCUCAGAAAUCUACUGGCCCGGCUGAAGAUGAUGGUACCGAUGCAUGGGGUUGGGGCGAAGAUGAUGACACGCAAGUAGCACCGUCAACAAAGGAGGUUGAAUCUAAACCGGCCGAGGAAGAUGAUGCUGGAGAAGACGCAUGGGGCUGGGGAGAUGAAGAACCGAAGGAGACGGAGCCUGAAUCUACGGGGCCCACUGUCAAGAGCUCCGCUCCGGCUACACAACAGACACGCGAAAUGACUCUCAAGGAAACUUAUAACAUUUCUUCGAUGCCUGAACCUGUUCUUCAGCUCAUAUUUGCCAUUCUAGAAGACGGCGCAACCUUGACGCAGAGCGGGUUCCUGUACAAUGAUGCUACCUACCUCGCAGAAAAGCUUGCGGAUUUCGCAAUAGCUUGGAAAACGCGUGAGGAUAUUACCUCACGAGCACAGAAUAUGCUCCGGCUUGACAAUGACGUGAAAACACUCCAAAAUUUCGCUGCAAGAGCUUACGGUAAUGAGAUGAAUAUACAGAAGACAGUGCUUCGAGAUCUUCUGGGAGGUGAACAAAGUCUCUUGCAUCAAGAUGAUCCAGAAAAUUAUGUCGAGGCAGCUGUGUCACGGAUACGGUCCAUGGCCGUAACAUGGGAGGUUAUUCUCGCGCGUUCAGCGUGGUAUCAAGCCGUGGGAUCUCUCGUAGAGGCCCUCUCUAGCAAAAUCAUCACGGACGUGAUGGAUGCUUCUUCCAUCUCACAGGACCAGGCAUACAACGUCGCCAAGUUGAUCGCCCACGUGGCAGAGCUAGACGAUUUAUUCCUUCCAAGCCGCGUGUCUGGCCAAGGACAGCCGGAUGAGGUCCCUAUGACCGCGCAGUAUGCGGGUUCUUGGCUGCGACUGAAGUACCUCAGCGAAGUGCUGCAGUCGAAUCUGAGAGAUAUCAGGUAUUUGUGGAUGGAGAGCGAACUGAGUCUGUACUUCACAAAGGACGAGGUUGUGGACCUGAUUAAUCUUAGCUUUGAGGAUAAUCCGAGGACGAGGGAGGUGAUCAAAGAGAUAACACAGAACCCUCAUCCGUCCCAAGAUCAGGGACAAGUUGAACGCUGGUAG